AAUCAUUGAAGAAAAAAGGUUCAGCGCACUGUCUAGUGGGUCUAGAUGACCCCACUCCCAAUGUUAAAGUGCCUAGGAUAGCACAAGGGUUAAUGAUGUGGCUACGGGGAAGUCUUAACAUAUGAAACUCAAUCGUGAAAAAUGUUUUUCUACGUUAUGACCACCAUAAUAAAAAAAAGUGGUAUAUAAAUAUCCUUUUUCUACUCAAAACACUCAAAAUCUUUAAUACAUUUAAAAAAAUGCUCGUAUUAAAUUCCAUUAUCCUGUGUUAUCCUGUGUUUUGAACUAUGUUUGGCCUUAAUGAAAAUGUUUUGUUUUUUUCUUUAACAUCAAUGGGAACAUUAAUAAGAGAUUCUUUAGGAUUGGAAGUUCACCAUUUGAACUGCCCCAUGAUCACCCCCAUUUCUUCAGUCCCUGUGCAUUUCCACCAGUUCAUUUUUGAGGUUUACUGUGGUCUAACAGAAGGGCUGGAGCACAAGAGAGAUUUUAAACGGAUUAUCCUAAGGCAAUUCACCAGAAAUCUCCUCAUCCCAUUGCCAGCCAUGCUUAAGGAUGGUCAAGAGCUUCUUCGCAGGUACACACAGGCUUAGGUGCUCAGUGUCAUUAGAUUCAAAUCCAUUCAACAGCCUGAGCUUCUGCUUUUCUUCAUCAAGACAACUGUAGCGUAAUGUUUGGUCAAGACGUCCAACACUAUGGAAUUUAAAACGCGGAUUUCUGGAACAAUAAUUCUUCAAUGGGAUUGACUGGACCUUUGGUGCCAUUACACUAAGUGACAAAGAAAAGGAUUUUCUGCUUUUUCUUUUUUCAAAACUCGAUUCUGUUGGACUUGAUAAGGUCAGAUCUUAUCUCUUCUCCCAUUAUUGAUCACUUCCUCAGUCCAAAGGGGAGUUGCUGGGAUUCCAAUCAAAACAUUAUCAACUAUGGAUUCAGAAUAGUCUGCAGUGAUCGGUUGCACUCCUCAUGGCUUCUGUAAUUAUACUUGGGAGACUCGUUUCAAAAUGGUGGUUAGAAUGAGACAGCAUAUUAGGAUUGACUGGUGGACGUAAACCUCUUGUACUCUUUAGAGGUGCACUGACACCCCACCACAUAUUCUGAAAGGGAAGUGGGGGCAGGGGAAGAUUUAAAUGGUGUUAAUAGAAGAGGAGCAAAGGAAAGAAUUAAAGGUUAAAAAGAAUGGAGUGGCUGGAGGAGUUGGACAUCACGAGGCCAUGCACAACGCCAACAGAGUUUCCACGGAAACCACUGUCGUGUGUAUCAACACCACAGAUGAAGCAGGAAACGAGAGCGAGGUCUCUGGACAAGAUGAGGAUGAGGAGACUGAAGCCGAUUACACACGAAACUACUGGGAAGAUGAGGACGAUAUCUAUCAGGAGUUCGAGGAACUGGACUUUGAGGCCUUGCCGGACCGCUCAGAUGCACAGAGCAUCAUAUCCGACGAUUCCUUUUACCCACCAGACAAUUCUUAUAUUUCUCACAUGUACCGCCCUCCGACUCCUGACAGUCCAGAGCCAAUCUCCUUUUUCAAAGCCUGCUGCAACAACAAUGCCAUCAUAGUCAAAAUUAUGAUCAGACAAGGGGUGACCGAAGAGGAUGUGAAGGAGACAGACAGAAACAGAAGAUCGGGUCUCAUCGUUGCCUGUUACCAUGGAUACGUGGAUGUGGUCAUGGCCCUCUCUCAGUGCCCGUACCUGGAUAUAAACUGGCAGGACAAUGAGGGCAACACUGCUCUGAUUACAGCAGCUCAAGCAGGUCACGUCUUCAUUUCCUGCUACCUCCUGAACUACUUCCCUGGUUUGGACAUUGAGAGGAGGAACUGUCACGGCUUCACUGCGUUGAUGAAGGCUGCCAUGCAGGGCAGGCCUGAGUGUGUUAGAGCGCUCCUGCUGGCAGGAGGGGACAUCCGGGCCCGGGACUACGGCCGUCGGAUGACACCCAGGGAGUGGGCUCUUUUCACCGGUCGAUAUGAGACGGCCAAACUGAUGGAUCAGCUGAUGUCAAAGCCCUGCGCCGAGCAGUUUUGUGACUCAUUUUCUCUGGAGUGGCCCAUGUUAGAGGAAUUGGUGAGCAGGGCCCAAGAAAAGAAGAGCUGCUGGGGCAAUCUCAUCAGACGCCUGCCCUGUUGCUCUUUCAGGUUCUUGAUUAACAACAAGGUAAAUCCCAUAGAUAACGGUGUUCUUGACCACAUGGUCCGGAUUACUACGAGUCUAUCCAGCCCCUUCAUUGCCACGGCAUGCCGUACAGUGUGCCCCAGCAGCCCACCGUGUAUCGGGAAGCGGCGUUAUGCUGUGCAGGAGAUUCUAAGGAGACAAAGGUUGGCGGAGCUGAAGCGCCUCGGCCCAGACCGGCUCAACAACUACAAGAGAUUUUUCCAGAACUCGCGGGUUCUCCUCGUUCCCAAAGCAAAGGACCGCAGGGCAAGCCUGCAGCCGCAACUGCUCAGUGAAAUGGCUGCAGCCUCCACGGUGGUCAUCAGACGAGCCAGCCUCCUGCCGCUCAACAUGCUGAGAAGAAGCAGCGUGCGUCCAGGCAUCGUGGUGCCAAAGGUGACACUCUGCAAGGCCCCCGACCCGAGCUUCAUGCCGGAGAAGGUCAAGCGCAGGGACAACCAGAGUAAGCUGCAGAUCCCCAAAUGGGAUUACAAGAUGAAGAAAAUACAGAAGAGGCAGGAGGAGGACAGACAAAGAACGUUUUUGUUUACAAGACGAAAGUAAACGGAAGAAUAAAAACCAGCAGUUUUAUAUUUAAGUGUCUUUUUUUUUCAAAAAGUCCUACUGAAGAUCCAAGCUUGUCUUUAGAAUCUAAACCAAAAAAAUUCAAUUUUACCUGCUCAAACCCCUGGACAACUUGUUGCCUUGUUUCUAAUUCAUGAUUUGUGUGUAUAUGAUGCUGCAAUGAUACAAAUAUCUGUACAUAGUAAAUAUAAUUAAAGGAAGAGUCGAGA